AGCAUAGCAAUAUAGAACACCUUUGGCAAGGGAAAAAGUAUCUUGAAGAGUUGAAGAUCUUGAAUUUAUCAAAUUCUCAGCAGCUGAAUGAAAUCCCACACUUCUCAAAUAUGGCAAAUCUGGAGCAACUAGAUGUUGAAGGUUGUAGAAGUUUGGAUAAUGUUGACUCAUCUAUUGGUUUCUUGAAGAAGCUUACUUUGUUGAAUUUGAGAGGGUGCCAAAAGAUUAGAAGCUUGCCAAGUACAAUUCAAAACUUGGUCUCUCUUAAAAGUCUUUAUAUAGAUGGUACUGCUAUUGAAGAAUUACCCUCCUCAAUCUGUCAUCUCACCUCACUUCAGUUGCUAUCUAUUCGUGAAUGCAAAAACUUGAGGAGUCUUCCGAGCAACAUUUGUAGGUUGAAAUACCUUGAAGAACUUAAUCUCUCUGAUUGUUCAAACUUGGAGACUUUUCCGGAAAUCAUGGAGGAUAUGGAAUGCUUAAAGUGGCUUGAUUUAAGUGGAACGUGUAUAAAAGAGCUUCCAUCAUCAAUUGAGUUUCUAAAAUAUCUCGUUGAUUUGCAGUUAGAGAAGUGUGAAAACUUGAGGAGUCUUCCGAGCAGCAUUUGUAGGUUGAAAUACCUUGGAGAACUUAAUCUCUCUGGUUGUUCAAACUUGGAGACUUUUCCGAAAAUCAUGGAGGAUAUGGAAUGCUUAAAGUGGCUUGAUUUAAGUGGAACAUGUAUAAAAGAGCUUCCAUCAUCAAUUGAGUUUCUAAAACAUCUCGUUGAUUUGCAUUUAGUGAAGUGUGAAAACUUGAGGAGUCUUCCGAGCAGCAUUUGUCGGUUGAAAUACCUUGAACAACUUAAUCUCUCUGGUUGUUCAAACUUGGAGACUUUUCCGGAAAUCAUGGAGAAUAUGGAAUGCUUAAAGUGGCUUGAUUUAAGUGGAACGUGUAUAAAAGAGCUUCCGUCAUCAAUUGGAUAUUUAAAUCAUCUUAUUUAUUUGCGUUUGAGCCACUGCAAAAACUUGAAGAGUCUUCCAGGCAGCAUUGGUUGGUUGAAAUUGCUUAGAAAACUCUAUCUCAGUGGCUGUCCAAACCUAGUCACAGAGGACAUGGAAAAUUUAAUAAAUCUUGGUUUAUUAGAAACUCAGAAUAUGAUGGAUGGAGUAGCCCCAAGUGAUUUAUGGUGCCUAUCCUCGCUGGAAGAAUUAGAUCUAAGUAAAAACAAUAUGCGUCACAUACCUACUGCUAUUACUCAACUUUGUAAUCUAAGAUGCCUUAAAAUCAGUCACUGCAAGAUGCUUGAAGAAAUUCUAGAGCUUCCAUCAAGUCUAAGACAAAUAUAUGCACAUGAUUGCCCAAUCUUUGGAACUUUAUCAAAUCCAUCAACUCUUCUUUGGUCUUCUCUCCUCAAAUGCUUCAAGAAAAUUGAGGUACAAUUUUUGUUUAAACUUUUUUUUUUCUCUUUUAAUUACAAGUACUUGUGAAUUAAUCGAUAUUUAUUUUAAUUUCCUAUUUUCUCUGCAAUUAAUAGUUCUAAUUUACUUUGU